GCCCCGCGCGCGACGGCAGUUCGGCCACGUCCCUCGGCCACGUCGCGCCGUUCUCGCCAUCUUCGCCGCUUCUUCUUUGGGCCACCGCUACCUGCUGAGCUGCCCAGCCCGGGGCCGCCGCGCCGACCUCCGCUUCCAUCAUGAACAUCUUCCGGCUGACGGGGGACCUGUCCCACCUGGCGGCCAUCGUCAUCCUGCUGCUAAAGAUCUGGAAGACGCGCUCGUGCGCCGGUAUUUCUGGGAAAAGCCAGCUUCUUUUUGCACUGGUCUUCACAACUCGUUACCUGGAUCUUUUUACUUCAUUUAUUUCAUUAUAUAAUACAUCUAUGAAGCUUAUCUACAUUGCCUGCUCCUAUGCCACAGUGUAUCUGAUCUACAUGAAGUUUAAGGCAACCUAUGAUGGAAAUCAUGAUACCUUCAGAGUGGAGUUUCUGGUGGUUCCUGUGGGAGGCCUCUCAUUUCUAGUCAAUCACGAUUUCUCUCCUCUUGAGAUUUUAUGGACCUUCUCCAUCUACCUUGAGUCAGUAGCCAUCCUUCCACAGCUCUUCAUGAUCAGCAAGACUGGCGAGGCUGAGACCAUCACCACCCACUACCUAUUCUUCCUGGGUCUCUACCGUGCUUUGUACCUUGUCAACUGGAUCUGGCGCUUUUACUUCGAGGGCUUCUUCGACCUCAUUGCUGUGGUGGCUGGUGUGGUCCAGACCAUCCUAUACUGUGACUUCUUCUACUUGUACAUUACAAAAGUACUCAAGGGAAAGAAGCUCAGUUUGCCCGCGUAAGUGCCAAAGACCAUCAGCAGCCUCUGUCCUUCAGGGUGCUUGGACAGAAUUCUUACCACAGCAAAGGCAUGAGAUGCUUGAUGGGAAAAUCAGAAACUUAACUCUUUUGUUGCAGAUCGUCAGCAGUGGCUCUGUAAGAACACAGAGGAAAAGAACCACAAGGUUUCUGUUUAAUGCAUCUUGCCUUAUCUUUUUUUAUUACUAUGUACAAAGAUUUUUUUACACAAAGAAACUUAAUGCUGUAUUAAUAAAUUCAGUAAGUAGCUUAAUUGGGAUAGUUCCAGAAGUGACAAUUUUGUGAGGAGUAAGUGCAAACUUAUUUUGAAAUUUCUUUGAAAUUGUUGAUUCUUUGUGUCUGCAAUGAAAUUGUACUCCUUGACAGUUGGUAGAUUAUAUAUUCUGAUAUCUAUCAAACUUGCAUUCCAUGAUAUUUAUUUUUUGCCAAAAUAUGAGUUAUAUUUGUUUGAUACCUGAGACACUAUGUUCAAUUUUUAUGUCUGUCCAAAUUCCCACCUGCCAUGGAAAUCCUGCCUUGGACAUCACAACACUACAGUAAAGGUUAGUGAAGAUGACUUGUAAAUCAUAUGGUUUUUCAAUACCAAAAUUUUAAGGUUCUGAGUGUAGAUGAGGUGUCAGCUAAGUCACUGAAGGUGCCUGUCCUCUUCCUCUGCUGAGAAGUAUCAGUUUGAGCUUGUUCCAAGGAUGCCGAAGGACUCCUGAGCAGGAGUUUCGGGCUGCUUGCCAUGUUAGUGUUUAGUGGGAGGGACUGUAAAAAUUAUUUUGGAUAGAAGACCACUCUUCUGAGGAAUGGAGCACAAAUAGUCAUCUGUGACUUUCACUUGCAAUUCCAAAAGAUGAACUACAACUACGUUCAUGCUUAGAUUCACACGGUUUCUCCAUCACUUUUGGGUGGUAAGGUGAUUUACAGUUUUUUUAAUUGGUAGCAUCAUUUAUGAUUUCUUACAUUCUCUUUUUUUAUUGACCUCUUGUAUGACUUACCUUGUGUUACCAUCCUAAAUAAACAUUUUAUUAAAUGGAAUAAAUUGGGGUUUUUUAUGAAUUAAGACUUUUAAACAUUAUGUUGGGAUGAUUUUUGUUUUUCAUUUAGGAACAAAAGCUCUAUAGGGCUACAGACAUUUAAAGUCUAUUUAUCAGUAAAAUUUUGUCUGUUUUAUGGAAAUACUAGAGCUUUUUGUCCUCAUUUUGCCAUUAUAUUGAUUUGCUCCAUUUUUUGAUUUAUGCAAAAGUAUAUGACUUUGUUUUUAUGUGAUUGACCACAACCAUGAAAGUGUUUAAACUGUUUGUACGUAUUACAAGGAGGAUGUACUAUUUCUGUUUCCUGCAUUAAAAUAUUUUGUGGAACAGGGGAGCUGGAUGAGCUACAUUUCUGUUGAGUGUGGGUCUUAACUCUUAAAAGUGGCAGUACAACUACAUAAUUUAACCUCUCAUUUCCCCCAUUUUGUUUUUCUCCUCGUGCGUGCUUCAUGUUUUUGCUUUGUGUAUCCCAGUACUUUUCAUUCCAGCAUAGUAGGCAUGGUUGAGUUUCUUUGACUUGUUUUCAUCUUCCUUGGACAGGUGAGGGAGUUUGAAGGAAGGGUGGGGAAAUCAGUCCCAGGAAGGCAAGCUGAAAAGUCAAGCAGGCUGCUUGCUGCCUGGCCUGGGGGUGGGGUGGGAGCCAGACUCAACCUGUCUUUCCUCAUGUAAAUCAGGUAGUCCCUCACUGCAGAGCACAAUGCACAGAAUAAGGAUCUAGAACCUUAGCAUGUCAGAGCCUUCUGUAGUCAUUCUAGUCAAGAAAGAAUAAAAUUGGCUAAGAGGUUAAUCAAUUUUUUUGUGGUCAGCCAGGAUGGCUUUUUGCUAAGGAGGAUGCCUGACUUGGAGUUGGGACAGGGCAGUGUCCUCACACAUAGGAAACAAAGGCCUUGCCUUUUGUGACACACCUUAUGAAGCACUGUUUCAUGGUUACUUUCACUUAAUAAAGGUUAUCAGGUAAUUAAUAUUUUCA